GUAUCUGCAAAGAUUAAAUCCUUUAAAAUUUAGGCGCCACUACGAUUAAACACUCCACUAAACACUUGACUCGCCCCUCGACUCGCAGCUCCGCCGUUGGCUUCGCCUCCUCCGCCACUUCAAUUCUCCCAUCAAAUUCACUCAUAAUCGGUGGACCUUCACAAGUACCAAAUGGCUGAGUCUCCAAGGGAAGAUGACAGUGAUAUGCUUCGCGUGUUAGUGGCUACGGAUUGCCAUCUUGGUUACAUGGAGAAGGAUGAAAUUCGCCGGCAUGAUUCGUUUCAGGCAUUUGAUGAGAUUUGCUCAAUUGCUGCACAAAAUCAGGUUGAUUUCAUACUUCUAGGUGGUGAUCUAUUUCAUGAGAAUAAGCCUUCAAGGUCAACCUUAGUCAAAGCCAUUGAAAUUCUCCGUCGUCACUGCCUUAGCGAUAAGCCAGUGCAGUUCCAAGUUGUCAGUGACCAGACAGUGAACUUUGCCAACUGCUUUGGUCAUGUGAACUAUGAAGAUCCACACUUCAAUGUUGGGUUGCCAGUUUUCAGCAUUCAUGGAAAUCAUGAUGAUCCUGCUGGAGUGGACAAUCUUUCUGCUGUUGAUAUUCUUUCAGCAUGUAAUCUUGUCAACUAUUUUGGAAAAUUAGUUCUUGAAGGGUCUGGUGUUGGACAGAUCACUCUCUACCCUAUUCUUAUAAAGAAGGGAUCAACAUCUGUAGCUCUUUAUGGUCUUGGAAAUAUCAGAGACGAACGCUUGAAUCGAAUGUUUCAGACGCCACAUGCAGUGCAGUGGAUGAGACCAGGCUGUCAAGUUUCAGAAUGGUUCAGUAUACUAACACUUCAUCAAAAUAGAGUGAAGACAAAUCCAAAAAAUGCAAUAAAUGAACAUUUCUUGCCUCGAUUUUUGGACUUUGUUGUUUGGGGGCAUGAGCACGAAUGCCUUGUUGACCCUAAGGAAGUACCAGGAAUGGGUUUUCACAUUACACAACCUGGUUCAUCUGUUGCAACAUCUUUGAUUGAUGGUGAAUCAAAGCCAAAACAUGUGCUGCUUUUAGAUAUCAAGGGGAAUCAGUAUCGGUCGACAAAUAUACCUCUGACUUCAGUGAGGCCAUUUGAAUACACAGAGGUGGUGCUAAAGGAUGAACCUGACAUAGACUCUAACGAUCAGAAUUCAAUUCUUGAACAUUUGGACAAAGUGGUUAGAAAUUUGAUAGAAAGGGCAAACCAGAAGGCUGUCAAGAAACAAGAGCUCAAGCUACCCUUAGUUCGAAUAAAGGUUGAUUAUUCAGGGUUUAUGACAAUAAAUCCACAAAAAUUCGGGCAAAAGUAUGUAGGGAAGGUUGCAAAUCCACAGGAUAUUCUUAUAUUUUCUAAAGCUUCUAAGAAAGCUCAAGGUGACGGUAAAAUUGAUGACUCCGAACGACUUCGGCCAGAGGAAUUGAAUCAGCAAAACAUUGAAGCUUUGGUUGCUGAAAGUAAUCUGAAGAUGGAGAUACUUCCCGUCAAUGAUUUGGAUGAUGCAUUACACAGUUUCAUCAAUAAGGAUGAUAAGAUGGCUUUCUAUUCUUGUCUGAAAUACAACCUAGAAGAAACUCGUAAUAAAAUAUCUCUUAAUCCAGAUGUUCAAAAAUUUGAAGAGGAAGACAUCAUUGUGAAAGUUGGGGAGUGCUUAGAGGAACGUGUCAAAGAAAGAUCUUUGAAGCCAAGAGACUCCCAACAGCUCAUGUUUAGUGGCCAACCCUUGAAUGUCAGAAGUAGAAGUACUCAAGGAGUUGCUGAUACUACUUCCUUCAGUGAUGAUGAAGAUGCUACUCCACUAACAGGCUCAAAGUCUACCAGAAAGGGCAGGAAAGAGCCAUCACAGUCUUUGAAGUCUUCCCAAGAUAUUACUGAAGCUAGUAAGCAGACUGGAAGAGGAAGGGGAAGGGGAAGAGGGAGGGGCAGGGGUUCCAGCAUACUAAAGCAGACCACGCUAGACACGAGCUUGGGUUUCCGUCAUUCACAAAGAUCUGCAUCAGUUGCCGCAGCUGUUCCAGUUCAGAGUUUGGCUGAUGAAGAGGAUGAAGUUGAUUCAGAUUCAAAUGAUGAAACUGCAAGAGUUGAUGUUAAUGAUAUUGCUGAUGAUUCGGAUGAGGAUGAAACUUUGCAAGGGAAGGGCAGAAAAAGAGCUGCUCCAAGGGGAAGGGGUAGAGGUAGGGGUAAAGCUUCCACCUCAAAAAGGGGAAGAACAACAGAUAACUCUUCAUCCUCAUUUCAUAGAUUGCUAUCAAGUAGAGAUGAUGAAGACGAUGACGAUGAUGACAUGGGGAAGAAAUUGAAUAAAUCUCAACCUCGGGUGACAAGAAACUAUGGAGCUUUGAGAAGGUAGCUGCAAGCAGGAUCUAAACUCCUUUACCGCCUGAUGAUGUAAUUGUAUGGUUCAUGGACUCGAGAUGGUUGUGUUUUUGGCGCACUAUCCUGUCUUAUCGUCCUCAUCCUGUCUGAUUGUCUUCAUCUGCUUCUUGUCGUGCGGAUUUGGUAGUGGAAGGUUUACCAUUUCUGAGUUUUAAUAGAUUGAUUUUAGGCCAUGUAACCUGACGGUAAUGGCUAACGAAUCAUUAGUAUCCACAAGUGAAAAGGUGAUGACUAUUCUUUAUAAACUGCUCAUGUUUUUCUAGUUC